CACGCGGGAUUAGCCACAGCCAUUUUUAGCGGCUUGCAAUCGCCGACGUGAGCUUCACACACGCGCAGGACUACGCCGAGUACGCCAUCGCUGCGUGUGCACGGCGAUCGACGGCCGCGCGGCACCGCUGCGAAAAGCGACCACCCUCAGGACCUUGUGAGCUGCCCUCGCGCACGCGGCAGCGAUCGUUCCACCGCGCGCCGUCGCCGCACAAAGAUGGCCGACGACCCGCCCGAGCCGCCCAUCCGGCGCAAGCGCACGCGCGGCGCGCCGCCCGCCGCGAAGGUCAAGACCGAGCCCGCACCGGAAGUCAAAGGAACAGGACGGCUCCGGCGCCACGCGCAAGCUGAAGAACCGGAUGAUGUCGAGUACAAGGUCCCCGACAAGAAGCCAGCAAAAAAACCGUCGACGAAGAAGCCCGCCGCGAAAACGAAGAAAGAAGAGCCUACUACUUAUGCCUCGUCCAGCGACGAAAGCAGUGACUCCGACGACUCGCUCAGACCCAUCCAGGUCACAAAAGAUGGACCUCUACCAUCACCUCCAGACACGCUCGACGCGGAGAUCGCGCGAAGUCGUGCGGACCCGCUCUUCGCCCGUGACCCGUCCAAGGACUCCGACAAGUUGCUCGUGAUCCAGUUUCCCACGUCCUUGCCGGCGGCUCUGCCGCGGCGACCGACGAAGCGCCCGCGCUCUGAUUCCAAUGCAUCAAUUAACAAUGACGAUGACGCGUUCGACGAGGUCCAGCGCCUGAAACCGGGCAAGAUCGGGACCCUGCAAUUGUUACAAUCGGGAGACGUCCGCCUGAAGAUGGGGGGCGAGACGUUCGACGUGGACCGCGGUUUAUUGCAAACCCAAGCCCAGCAGAUCUGUUCCGUGGAUCCUUCGGAGGGGCAACUUUGUGUGAUCGGCGACGUCGCGACGAAACUCGUCUGUACCACGCAUGUCCCGGAGGAGGACUGGAUGGCCAAUUUGCGGGAGCUGAUUCCUCGGUUGCAAAGGGAGCAGGCGGAAAAGGAGGCGGCACGCAUGCGUGAUGAUUAACAAGUGUUCGUAAUAUCGCGUCGGCGACGUCCCCCGGGACGCCGUCGCGCC